UUUGCAAGCUAACCAACUAGGAACUGAUCCCAAUGCACAUCCUCACCUUACGCCUCCACAUUGGCUUCCAAGGACAGGCAGUCCCUCAGUGUGGAUGGGUGGGCAUUCAUAUGGAAUCGGUCACCCAGCUCUGCAUUCAAAUCUACCACCUGGAUUCCCAGCAUCGAUGCCAAGUGCCAUGCAGACAGUAUUCCCACUUCCCCAAGAUCCCUCAGCCCAGCUUGUUAUCCUUCCCACUGAGCCACCAGCACCACACCCAACUCCUCAUCACCUCGCCGAAGUGAUGGAUCCUGCACAUUCUCUCUGGCCUCCUAUCUACUCGGCACGAGCGCCCACAUCACAUAUGCAGCAUCCAGGACAGCUCUCAGUCUACCCUCGCUCCCAGCUUCUUCGACAGCAGGAACUCUACAUGCUGCAACAGCAGCAACAACAGCAGCAACAACAACGGGCACAAGCACUUGAACUCCAACGGCACUCACAACUCGUGGAUCAUCGGAAGGCAGAUGAACGUCGGUUAGAAGCUGAAGAACAUACUCUAGAGAGGAAUAGGAGGUCAAACAAACCAGUUGCCUUAAACUCUCCCAAGAGUCUUUCUUCACCUGUCAUACUGCCAUCCAGCAUGUGUUCUGCCAAACUUUCACCAUGCCACCAUUCUCCUUCUCUUGGACCCAAGUCAGGGUGUCCAACCCCCCAGCCCAGUGCUGUGUGUGCUUUACCUUCUUGCCCUUCUUCAGAUCCUGCCACUGUCCCACAAUCCUCAGCAGUCAGCCCUCCUUCCCAGAAUUCCACAGAAAGUCAAACAGCUGAAAAGCGAGUGGAGAGACAACCACCUCAACAUUAUCCAGAAACCUUUGAGCCAGAUCUCCCGCCUGGCUACACAUACACAGCCGUCGCAAUGGGCUACAGUUCCCCUUCUCCACUUGUGCACUCUGCUGACCCUGCAGACCCUGAAACUAUGCAACCCAUCACCGCGGCGGCUGAACCAGAGCAGUCCAGAACCUUUACGUCUGGUGAAAAAAUUCACUGUGAUUCUCAGUCAAACCUGGCGGAGGAGGCAAAUCCGACUGACAAACUGAUCGCAACCAAUAACCUGGAUGUUGUAGAGCAAAAUGCGCAUAAGGUUCUCUGCACUUCAGAAAAAAAGGAUACAGUAAAUGCAUUGCUAGCAGAGAAUUCAACUGUGGAGCAACUUGAGUCAUCUGUGAAAGAAAACGUGGAAUGCUCAAGGCACUUAAUUGCUUCUCAGGGAAUUGUCACUGAUGGAGGACUUACAGGAGAAGAAGGAGGACGAGACAAUUCAGUGACCAAGUCACCUCACUCAACCAGUGAAUCCCCGAUGAUACCCGAUGAAACAUUGGAUGUAAGGAAUUCUGAUCACUUGGGUUCAGUAGCUGAGACGGACUCAAACCAGGAAUGCAGAAUAGUUGAAGAAGCCAAACAGGUGAAUCAAGAUGAGGAUUCAGAAACUAGCCACGAUGCCUCAGAGAGGGAUGAUGUGUUCAAAUGGCGGUUGGACUGCAUGGCAGGGAUGGACGCCCUGGUGGCUGCUGGCCUCAGAAUGGGAGAGCUCUUUGGUCUAGAGCCUGAGGUUCCCAGUGGCCCCAUAGCACCUUCAUGCCCUACAACCUCAACCUAUUACCCCUGCUCAGGGACACAUGGAAUAGCUCUGCUGAGUGAACUGGCUGAACUCGAACAGCAGCGACAGAAGUAUGAUGGCACCAGUCAAGGGGAGGAUGAGGCUGUACUUACUCAUGACCUCCAAAGCCUCGCAACUAUUGCUGCUGCCCGUUCAUUGGUGGAGGCAGUACCACUUGAAAUGGGUGACCCCCAAACUGACCUGGGGUCAAGCAGAUCUUAUGUAGUGCGGAUCCCAAGGGUGCUGAAUUUACGGAGGAAGUACUCAUGGAGUCCAAAGGCAGAGACGGUUUGUCCUCUAAAGGUUGCAAUUGAUGGAAUGGAUACACAGGAGCUGGAAAUGAGAAUGAAACUAGCUGAACUACAACGUCGCUACAAGGAAAAGCAACGAGAACUGGCCAAACUUCAAAGAAGACAUGAUCAUGAGAGAGAUGAAAACUCAAGAAGCCCAGCAAGAAGAGGACCAGGGCGACCAAGAAAACGCAAACAUCUUUCCACUGUUCUUUCAUCUCUUGGACAGCUUAGUGAACUGGAGAAAUGUGACAGCAAAAAAGCUAAAUCCAUCAGGACAGGCCUAAGCCUCCUCUGUGAGGAACUGAGGAAUGAAGGGGAGCCCAAGAAGAAAAAAUGCAAACUUCCUGGGAGGGAAAGCAAGGAACAGGAGUACAGUGGAAAUAAGACCGGGUCAGAGAUUAAACCAAAAGCGAAAAAGGACAGUCCUCAAACCAAUCUCACAUCUAAGUUGGGAAAGUACAACUCAAGGCCAAAGCAAAAGGUACUGGGUAAGGCUGCAAAUAAAUCACACACAACAGCCAUCCUGAAAUCGGCCAACAGCAGCCAUUUUAGGGGGAAAACAUCAGCCCUGCCUGGCAAGAUUCAGAAACAAUUGGGAAAAGCAAAGACUGCCUCAAUCCCACACAGCCAAGAGAGAGCCAAGCACAGUACAGCAACUUCUGAAAAGGCCUCAAAAAUGGAAUCAGGAGAAGAAGAUGGUUUAUCGACUAGUAAAACUGCUUUUUCCAAAAGUAAAGCAGCUCAGAAGACAAACUCUGACAUUAAAAAGAAACCCGGAAUUCAGCAGAAGAGAAGGGCUGUUGGGGUCAAAGUGCAGAAAGCCAGCAACAAGAAGCAGAAACAGGAAACUCAGGCCUUAGUGACUGAAAAGGAAUGGAUGUCCACAGAGAGUGAUGGCUUCUCUUCAGAUGCUGGUCAGCUGAUUUCUGACAUGAGUGAAGACGACAACAACUAUAACAGUGCUGAUGGCAGUGAUGCCAUCACUGAACUGCCAAUCAAAGAUUCCAACCCGGGGCUGCUCACAGAAUACUCAACAGCUCUCACUGCAACUGACAUUGGUCCAUCACCUUCCUCUGUUGUGAAGCUGGAAGCCAAUCAGAAAGCAAAGAAGAAGAAGGAAAGGCAAGGCCUCCUGGGAACUCUUGGAUUUUCCAGCGCAGAUGGAGAUGUGAAGAUUAAAAAACGUCCGGCCAAGCAUGGCCUGGAAUCUAGCAAUGCAGUUAAAAAGACCGAAAAGCUGCCAGCCACAAAGAAGAAAGCACUGAAAGCAGGGGAAAAGAAUAAGAAGAUGAAGAACUCUAAGGGGCCAGCGGAGGUGACGAUUUGGCGCCAUUUUGAAUCUGAUCUGCGGCCCCUGCUGCAUGAUGGGAGAUUACUUCCUAGUGAUUCUUCUAUACCGGCAAAAUUGGUAUCCAGAAGGCAGACCAGGAAAGGUUCUGCCAACAGAUGUAAAAAUGUCACCAGGAAAAGCAAAGUCCUGCAAGCUACUUUUAAGAAAUCAAGUGGACUGUGCCUCUCUCAAAAAAGAGCGAACCCCACUGACCACAAUCGGAACAGACUGAACAAACUAAAGAGCAAACUGCCAGUGAAAGAGUCAACGGGACGAGCUGUCAGUAAACUAUUGGAAAGCUUUGCUGCAGAGGAUGAUUUUGCAUUUGAUGAAGACAGCAGCUUUUCUGAGGAAGAUGAAAAUGCAUCUGUGAGCUGCUCAGCGGAAUUGUGUGUCCCUCAAUGCUGUACCAUCAGUAAAGAAGAUCUCAAAGAAGGACUACGCAUUCUUAUACCAAAGGAAGACAAAUUACUGUAUGCAGGAUGUGUCAAAAUUCUACAAUCACCUGACAUUUACAGUGUUGUGAUUGAAGGAGAAAGAGGAAACCGGCAGAGAAUCUAUUCCCUGGAGCAACUGCUACAGGAAGCGGUACUUGAUGUCAGACCAGCCUCAACACAGUUACUGCCGCCAUCUACCAGGGUGUGUGCUUAUUGGAGUCAGAAAUCCCGCUGCCUCUAUCCAGGAACUAUCGUCCAAACAGGUAGUAGCAGUGAAGAGGAAGAAGAAGAGGAUGGAGGUGAUUUUGUCACUGUGGAGUUUGAUGAUGGUGAUGUGGGGCGAAUUUCUUUGUCAAAUAUCCGUCUCCUCCCUCCAGAUUAUAAAAUCCAGUGUACAGAGCCUUCCCCUGCACUGCUGGUAUCUAAUGGGAGACUUCGGGUUAGGAAGUUGCCCAGCGAGAAGCGAGAAAUUGCAGAAAACAGCCAGAAUCACUCAUUGAAUGGGAAAAAUUCUUCAGAACUAAGUAAAAACUCCGGCAAGAAGACUUCAGUAAAGGGGAAAGCUGGUAAAGGAGUUUUGAAUACUGAGGUUUCAACAUUGCUGAAAGCAGGGCACAUGCUCAGUAAAAAGACAGAUGUGCUGAUAAAUUGGCCAGGGAUCAUCCAGACAAAGAAAAGAAAUUCCAGUAAGAGUACCACUGCUUUAGAAAACCUGUUUCAGUUGAACGGCAGUACAAAGAGAACGAAAAGUAAAGAGCGUUUCCUUCCAGUGCAAGGCCCUCCUCCUCCUAUUUUCAGUGGCGGCUUUGAGGUCGACUCUUUCAGCAGCAUUGCUAACACUUUUGCUUCCUUUGGAAGCAGUACAAGUCUCACACCAAAUCCUAAGGCCCUAAAGUACAGAAGGGCAGAAAAAAUGGAUGUAUCAGUUCCAAAAGGUGGCAAGAGAAAAACAGGAGCAGAAUAUUUGGUUAAACUAGAUCACGAAGGUGUGACAUCUCCAAAAACAAAAAAUGGAAAAGCCUUGCUCAUGGGCGAUAAGGAAUUUGGAGGAAAAGUUGUCGCUGGCUACUCCCAGCUAAGCAAGGAGCGAAAUGGAAGGAUCGAACUUCUGAAAGGAAAGCACACUCAACUUCAGAACCUUCCUAUGAGCUUAGCAAUGAAUGAGUACACUGGUCAGUCAGAGUUUGGCAUGGAUUGUGACACUGACAGCCAUAGUUCGUACUCUGAUGAUGAGGAUGAAAAUAGAAACUUGCAACAGAGUGUCACAUCGAGAUUUAUGACUAGGCUGUCUGUCUCUUCAUCAUCUUCUGCAUCUUCAUCAUCUUCAACAUCUGGUUCUACCUCCACUUCCAGCUUGUGUUCAUCAGACAAUGACGACUCAUCAUAUAGCUCUGAUGAUGAUUCUGCGGUCUUGCUGCAAACUUGUAUGACACACCCUGUGCCUGCAUUGCUGACCCCCUCAGAUCCACGACAAACAGAGCCAAAAAUGUCGCCACCCUCCUUUUCUGUCAAAUCUGCAAUGCCUGCGAAUAAGAUCAAGUUAAAAAGACAGGAGGAAUUCCGACUUCAAAAGGCCAAGGAGUUAUCAAAGAGACAGAGAUUACCGUCGGUGGAAAAUCGCCCGAAAAUCUCCUCCUUUCUCCCAGCUCGACAGCUCUGGAAAUGGUCCGGGAAGCCAACUCAGAGACGAGGAAUGAAAGGAAAAGCAAAGAAACUUUACUAUAAAGCCAUUGUGAGAGGGAAGGAGACGAUUUGUGUGGGCGAUUGUGCAGUGUUCCUCUCUGUUGGACGCCCCAACCUUCCAUACAUUGGCCGGAUUGAAAGCAUGUGGGAAUCCUGGGGAAGCAACAUGGUGGUUAAAGUGAAAUGGUUUUAUCAUCCUGAGGAAACAAAAUUGGGCAAAAAAUGCAACGAUGGCAAGAAAGCAUUAUACCAAUCUUGCCACGAAGAUGAAAACGAUGUACAGACUAUCUCCCAUAAGUGUCAGGUGGUCAGUCUGGAGCACUAUGAACAAAUGAUAAAAACCAAGAAGUACCAAGACAGCCAAGACCUUUAUUAUCUGGCAGGAACAUACGACCCUACAAUAGGCAGAAUCCUCAAUGCAGAUGGAGUGCCCAGUCUCUGUUAAAAACUAAAUGUAUGAAUUAAUGUAAAGCCUGGAUUUGCACCACACUAACAGGGAUUGAGAAACCAUUCUGAUUUUUUUAAAAAAACUAACUAACCUAAUGAACUUUUCAAAUGAUGCAAGAUGGACUGGAUCUGGAAAUUUGUUUUCAAUACCUUGAGGCUCACAUGUAGUCCUGGAAUCAUUAGCAGUGAUCCCUUAAGUGGUUUGCAGAAUGGUAUGUUGGAUACAUAACAAUUAAGCAGCAUGGUUUUUGGAUGAAUAAGAACUAAGCCUUUCUGGGGAUCAGUAAUACUGGAUUUACCAAAGUGGAACCCUUAGGGCAUCAAGUAGGCUGGAAUUUCAAUGCACGACUUCAAGGCAUCAAUGGGUCGACCAGGCUGAAUUUGCACACGGGAGCCUCAAACAAUGGGGGAAGCAAAGUUUUAGAGGUCAACCUCAUCAAUCAACUAGGUGGUUUUAGCGAAACAUGGAGAUCUGAGACUCCAUAGCAACAGCUGAAAGAUAAAGAGAACCAGAUUCCCAUGAUGCUUCGGGCUGUUUUACAUAUACUGAAUGAAGAACAUUUUUAUACAAGAACGAAUAACAGGAAGGUUUUUCUUUCAAAAAAAGCUGUAUACUUUUCCUGAACAAAAUUAUUAUUGACCUGUCGUCUGGAAAGGUCAAAGGUCAGCUCUGGGGGAACGAGGUAAUUUUGUUAGGAAUUUCUGACUUGCAAGUCAGACGUUCGUGCAUUUCUGUAGCGGUGGUAGGGGUGGUGGGUGCAGGUGACUGGAGGAGAGACAUGCAAGAUCAGUUUCAAAGCGUUCAUUGCAUAACCCUUAAAGUCACAACUCUUGAAACAAUGUAAUAUAUAUCUAUAUAUAUGCGUAUGAACAAGGUGGAUUUUAAUUUCCACGGUCAUGUGAGCUGGGCUAUGUUGACUGUCACUUGUGUGCAAGAAUCUUUUACCUCUGUGUCACAGAAUUUCCUGUUCCAUUCUGUACUUCAAAUGGGAAACUGAAGCAGUUCUAACUGGGACCUAACCUAGGGGACCCAGCUCUAUGUGAAAGGGAUUGGUUUGAUUUGAGACGGCCUUGUAUUUAAGGUUAAAGAAGUGCAGAGUGGAAAAGAAUGGGAACAUAACCUCCCAUCCCCUGCAUCACCACCCCCACCAUACACACACACACACACACACGCACACACACACAAUAGGAGGUUCAGCUGUACUCCAUCUGGUACUUUAUGUGAUGUCACCAUUGGACCAAUCUGCUAGGCGUUGUAUUACCUAUUUGUUCAGUCCAGUGACACAAGUGCAAUACUUCCUCACUGAUGGCUGAGGUUUCACUUUUUUUGCUUGUAAAGUGAGAGCUUCUGGGGACUGGAAUUGUGAUGCAUCAUGAGAAAUAAAUGGGCAAGUAAGACGCAGGCCCGUCUGAGACUUGCUGAAUAGUGUUUUAAUCCUACAAGUGGUUAGGAGAAGUUUUAAAAAAAAUUAUACAAUAAAAACUACAAUAUUACAGAGUUAUUUACUAGAUAUUAAAAUAUUUUGAAACUGAAAACCCAGGAGAGCUUUUUUUUUAAGCUUGUUGAUUUUUGUUUUUAUUUUGUUUUCAGUUUUUGUUGAAAUGGAAGGAACUGUUAUUCUAAAAAAAAGUGUUUAAAUGUAGUAAAAACCCUAUUGUAAAUGUGUAAAGUAUGACUAUGGUCUCAGUUUUUGUGUAAACACUAAAAAAAAAGUUUUAUGGACACGAUCUCUAUGUAAAAGCAUUUUAGUAUUAAGAUUUUUAUAGAUAA